GCAGCAGGUGAGGCCGUUGAUAACCUCCCAGCCUCCCCACUCUCACUGUAGAGAGAGAGAGAGAGAGAGAGAGCUAAAAAGAGCUGCAGAGAGAGAGAGAGAGCUAAAAAGAGAUAGAGAGAUCGAUCUCGAGUCUCGACUAGUAUAAAAACUCACUCGCUCGCUCAAUCCUCCUCCUUCAAAUCCUACACUUUCUCUCUCUACAGCCAACUCCGUCCCUUCCACUUCCUCAGAUUUGAGCUGGGUGAGGGUGUUAUUGGGAUCAGGUGCUGCAGGGUUUUGUAGGCCGCGGAAUUCAUUUCCAAAACUGGCAAUGUCGGAGUGCAGUUAAUGUGAAUAGGUUAAAUUUAAUCCGGAAUAAUGCUUCGAACCCUUGAGCUAUAAUGUCUGUUGUCUUGGUUUUUCGCUAAAUCCAAGGUUCUUGUUCGAGGUUUUUUCUUUUCUUUCUUCUUUUUUCUGACUGAAUUUUGGUAGCAACAUGGGGAUGUUCUAGGUUUUCUGAAGAAAUUGGAAUUAGGGAGGAGUGGAAAGAUUUGAGGUUGGACCCAAAUCAAUGGAAGAUUGGUCUAAAUAUGCCCAUAGUCCUGCUCAUUUGGCUGUUGCUAAACGAGACCAUGCUGGGCUAAGAAAGAUCGUGGGGGCUCUUCCACACUUGGCGAAAGCGGGGGAGGUAAAUACUGAAGCUGAGUCUUUGGCUGCUGAGCUUAAUGCCGAUGCAGUCUCAGCUGUUGUAGAUAGGCGGGAUGUUCCAGGGCGUGAGACCCCUUUGCACCUCGCUGUUAGGCUGAGGGAUCCCAUUUCUGCUGAGAUUUUGAUGGCGGCCGGUGCUGAUUGGAGUCUUCAAAAUGAGAAUGGGUGGAGCGCGCUUCAAGAGGCUGUUUGUACUAGGGAAGAGAAUAUUGCUAUGAUAAUUGCCAGACAUUACCAACCUCUUGCUUGGGCAAAAUGGUGCCGUAGGCUUCCUAGGAUUGUGGCUUCAGCAGGCAGGAUAAGGGAUUUUUACAUGGAGAUAACCUUUCAUUUUGAGAGCUCAGUCAUACCAUUUAUCGGUAGAAUUGCCCCUUCAGACACUUACAGGAUUUGGAAACGGGGUGCUAAUCUCCGUGCUGAUAUGACCCUUGCAGGAUUUGAUGGCUUUCGCAUUCAACGCUCUGAUCAAACUUUUCUUUUUCUGGGAGAGGGAUAUUCAUCAGAAGAUGGCAAAAUAUCUUUGCCUCCUGGUUCACUGAUUGUGCUUGCUCAUAAGGAGAAGGAGAUUACAAAUGCUUUGGAAGGAGCUGGUGUGCAACCAACAGAAGCUGAAGUUGCGCAUGAAGUGGCCUUGAUGUCUCAAACGAACAUGUAUAGGCCAGGAAUUGAUGUUACUCAAGCUGAGCUUGUUCCCCAUUUGAACUGGAGGCGACAGGAGAGGAGCGAGAUGGUUGGACCCUGGAAAGCCAAGGUCUAUGAUAUGCUACACGUGAUGGUCAGCGUGAAGUCAAGAAGAGUUCCUGGAGCCAUGACUGAUGAGGAGCUUUUCUCAGUGAAUGAUGAUGAGAGGGUCGCCAACGGUGGCGAACAUGAUGAGUAUGAUGACGUAUUAACAGCUGAGGAAAGAAAGCAAUUAGAUUCUGCACUUCGCAUGGGGAAUCCAGAGGGGCCUUGUGAGGAAGAGGAAACUGAAGUUCAGGAUUUGCAUGAAAACAGCGAUGGUGGUUCCUUUGAAAAUUGUGAUCCCAAUGGUGUUACCAAAGAAAAGAAAAGCUGGUUUGGCUGGAACAAGAAAGGCGGAAAGAACACCGGAGAUGACCCUGAAGAUUCAAAGAUAGUUAAGAAAUUCUCGAAGUUGGCUCCUGAAGAUAGCAAGCUGAGACCCAAUGAGAGUCAUAGAUCAACAUCUGAAUUUCCAAGGGAGGAUGCUGGCGAAAUUAAGAAGAGCAAGGAUAAAAGCAAUAAAAAGAAGAAGAAGAAAGGUGCUGCUAGUGAGUCUAAGAAUGAAAGCGAAUACAAAAAAGGUUUAAGGCCCGUUCUGUGGUUGACACCAGAUUUCCCUUUGAAAACAGAAGAACUCUUGCCCCUGUUGGAUAUAUUGGCCAAUAAGGUGAAAGCAAUCAGAAGAUUGAGGGAGCUAUUGACUACUAAAUUACCUACUGGCACAUUUCCUGCUAAGGUUGCCAUUCCAAUAGUACCAACCAUCAGGGUCCUUGUUACGUUCACGAAGUUUGAGGAGCUUCAGCCAACAGAGGAGUUCUGCACCCCUCCUUCCAGCCCUGUGCAUUUCCAUGAUGCUAAGUCUGAGGUGUCUUCCUCGUGGCUUUCAUGGAUGACAGGUAGCCGUGGUGGUCAAUCAAGUGACAGUGAAAGCCGAAGCUUCCGGGAGGAGAUUGACCCUUUCCACAUACCACCUGACUAUGCUUGGGUUGAUGCUAAUGAGAAAAAACGCCGAAUGAAAGCCAAGAAAGCAAAGAGCAAGAAACACAAAAAGCACGUUGCUAGCAGAAAUCCAGAGACUGGACGUCAUUCAAGUGAGGAUAUUUGAGUAAAAUAUGAAAAAAGCAGUCCUAAUGCUCUGGUGUUUCAGGAUGCUUAACAACAAAGGAGGCAAGGCUCAGUCCUUGAGAGCCCAGCCAUCUCCAUGCGGGGAGAGUUUCUGGGAGUGUCACAUGAUUGCUUCUUUGUUGUAAUAUGUUCUUUAGCUGUUGUAUUGUUGUUUGAAGUGAAAAUCAGAAUCCUAUUGCUUAUUCCUUUGAUAAUCCUAAACUGCUUCAAGUGUAUCUACACCCGUGAUUAUUAAGUUUUGUUUCAGAUUCUAAUUCUUUGGAUAGUUGAAAC